AUGAAUUUCGCCGGAAAAGUGGUGAUUGUUACCGGAGCAAGCUCUGGAAUUGGUGCUGCAACGGCUGUAUUCUUGUCCAAACUCGGGGCAAAACUCUCACUUACCGGGAGAAAUGUGGAGAACCUUAAGAAAGUGAAUAAUGAUUGCGAAAAGUCCACGCCCUCUUUUGUGGUGCCGGCGGAUUUAAAUAAAGAAAGUGAUAUUGAAAAAAUUGUAAAAAGUACUGUUGAUCACUAUGGACAAAUCGACGUUUUGGUCAACAAUGCUGGUAUUAUUGAAACUGGUACCAUAGAAACGACAACCUUAGCUCAGUAUGACCGGCUUAUGAACACUAAUGUACGCUCAAUUUAUUACCUUACUAUGUUAGCUGUGCCACAUCUAAUAAAAACUAAAGGCAAUAUUGUAAAUGUGUCUAGCGUCAAUGGUAUAAGAUCUUUUCCAGGAGUUUUAGCUUAUAAUGUAUCAAAAGCCUCAGUGGAUCAAUUUACACGUUGUGUGGCUUUGGAGCUGGCCCCAAAAGGUGUUAGAGUUAACUGUGUAAAUCCAGGAGUAAUAUUAACAGAAUUGCAAAAGCGAGGAGGUUUGAAUGAAGAGCAAUAUGCGGCAUUCUUAGCACGCACUAAAGACACGCAUGCAUUGGGACGUCCUGGGAAGCCGGAAGAGGUGGCUGCUACUAUUGCUUUCCUUGCAAGUGAUUUGGCAUCCAAUAUUACUGGAGUCAGUCUGCCAGUGGAUGGUGGCCGUCAUGCUAUGUGCCCUCGCUAA